AUGUCGUCUGUUGCCACGGCUCCGCUUCUCUCUUCCGCGGAGUCUUCUUCCUUCGUGCAGGGCAAGACCCUUGCUGGCACUGCCAAGACUGCAGCGGUGAAGUCCUUCCAGCGUGCAGCAGUUCGCUGCCGGGCGUCCUCCGACGCGUCGUCCUCCUCCGACUCCUCCUCUGCUCUCGUCAUCCCCCGUCGCCAAGCGAUGAUCACUGCUCUCACCGCUGCCUCGAGCCCUCUGUGGGUGCCUUUGCUGACGUCGUCCGACCCCGCGCUUGCAGCCAACAUCGUGCAGCGCGGCCAGCGGGCAGCCUACUUGAAGGGCCUCAAGGAAGAUCUCUUCAACACCAUCAGUGCCAAUAAGGAGCUUGUGCCUGACAUCCUGCGAUUGGCCCUCAACGAUGCGGCCACAUAUGACAAGGAGACCAAGACAGGAGGAGCGAACGGGUCCAUCCGAUUCAGCGAGGAGCUCUCGCGCCCGGAGAACAAGGGCCUCAAGGCGGCUCUGCAGCUGCUAGAGGGGGUGAAGGCGCGUGUGGACAAAGACGCCAAGGGCGGGCCUAUCUCCUACGCCGACCUGAUUCAGUUUGGAGCCCAAUCGGCUGUGAAGACAACGUUCUUGGCAGCAGCGGUGCGCAAGGCAGGGGGCGAUGACACCAAGGGCCUCAACCUUUACUUCGCUAUUGGCUCCCCCGGACAGUGGGGUUUCUUUGACAAGCAGCUGGGCCGGGCGGACGCGGAGCAAGCAGACCCGGCAGGGCGGGUCCCAAUCUGGGAGCAGCUGAGCGCCACAGAGAUCAAGGACAAAUUCGCCGCCCUGGGGCUGAGGCCCCGCCAGGUGGUGACCCUGGCGCUGUUCCUGGGGCGGGACUUGGAGGCUGUGGAGGCGAAGCUGGCGGGGGAUGAGGAGAUGAGCAAGUGGGUUGCCAAGUACCGGAAGAGCCGCACCACCGUGUCCCAGACUGACUACGAGGUUGAUUUGAUCGGGGCAUUUCUGAAGCUGUCUUGUCUUGGGGCACCCAUCAAUACCGAGGCGUACACCUAUGAACCUCCCAGGGUGGAGUUCAGGCUGUAG